UUCCCUACUUGCUAAGCAAAGUCGCAAAUUGGGAUGCCCUCUCUCUCUCUCUCUCUCUCUCUCUCUCUCUCUCUCUCUCUACGCUAUGAAGAAGCAUAAGCUCUUCCAUGGAGCUUGGAACCCAAAAUCCUAGCAUCACAUUCUUUCACACACUGCUGUUACGAUCAACUUCAUCUCCCUAAAAUACCACUCACCCACCAUAUAAUUCUGGUACUUCGGGGCCUCCCUCUCUCUCUCUCUCUCUCUUUCUCUCUCAUAUUAACUAUCAUUUGGCAGCUUUCCAUUUUGUAUUUUUAGGAACUGGACCACUUUUUUUCACUCCUGACUAUAGUGUGGGUUUUUCCCUGCAUAACUGCCCUGUUUCCACUAAGGAAGCACGUAUUUUGGCUGUCUACUUUUGCUUGUUUGGCGAUUCUUGAUUAAAAUUUAUUACUCCUAGUGAGUAGUCGCUCACAUUUCUGCUGUCUCCAUAUCUCAAUUGUGCUUUUCUUCACUGGGUUUUCAAGAAAAUUGAGACUUUCUUUCAGAUUCCCUCAUAAAUGUUCAUGUUCUUGUGAGAAUGGGCUGGGUUCUUUGUUAAAGUAUGGAGUUGAUCAUUCAACACGGGUAGCGUUAAAAAAAAAAAAAAAAAAAAAAAAAAAAAAAAAAAAAAGUAGAAGGGGGAACUUGAGUGUUGGUUUUUGUGGGGUUGUGAUUUAGAAGUUAGAACUCUAUUGUUGAUUAAAAAAAGAUGGAGUCUUGGAGCUAUGUUUCUGGGGAGAAGGGAUUUGUUUCUGAGGAAUCUAUUUCUGUGGAUGAUAGAAGUAGAAAUGGGUUUAUGAGCUGGGAAUUGAAGGCCCCAUGUGGAAUUGGAGGCACUAUGGGGGACAUUGAGACUCAAGGAAUUGUGGGAAUGGGUUCUCAAGAUUUGAUUACAAAAUCUCUGGGUAAUAAUCACUCAAUUUUUGCAGCUCCCCACAGUGCAUUUUCUGGGGAGAAUCACUCUAGUUCUAAGCUAUCCACUUCAAUUGUGAUGGAGUCAAGUUCUAGAGAUUCAUCACUGAUUGACUUGAAGCUUGGGGGUAUUCCUGAUCACAGAGCCACUCAGAUUAACAAAUCUCAUAAACCGAACCACCCCGCUUUGUCCUCAGCUCAAUCUUCCACUCCGGUUAAGAGAACUCGAGCUGGAGGGCAGAAUUCCCAGCCCCCCUUCUGCCAGGUUCAUGGCUGUAAGAAAGAUCUUACCUCCUCCAAGGACUACCACAAGAGGCAUAAAGUGUGUGAGGCUCACACUAAGACUUCUAAGGUUAUCGUAAAUGGUAUCGAGCAACGGUUUUGUCAGCAAUGUAGCAGAUUCCAUUUGUUGGCUGAAUUCGAUGAUGGUAAGCGUAGUUGCCGUAGACGUUUAGCUGGCCAUAACGAGCGUAGAAGAAAACCCCGCACGGGUCUUAACUCUGGCAGAACGGGGAGGCUUUUUCAGUCAUAUCCUGCAGGUACGAGCUUUCCGGGGACAGCUUUCACAACGUCAUCUUUUGUUUGCCAAGAUAUACUUCCUAGCAGCCUUCCCCGUCCACCAAAAUACGAGAUGAAUGAUUGGUAUAGGAAUGUAAAAGUCGAGGACGGGGUCGACUUUAGCCCUCCUCAGCUAGCGAUUCCCUUAAUCAACGCACACUCACAACCGAGAUCUCUUUUCCCUUCAUAUAAUCCGGAGAAACAUUGUCCUCCUUUAGCAAGAUGCAAAGUUAGCGAGAGUAGUAACAACUCGUAUGCACACGAUAUGGACGUCCCAAAUUUUGUUUCUCAUUCUCUCUUCAACAGCAAUAGUGAAGUGUUGAACGCUUUUGACUCGUCAUCAACCAUUCACGGGAAUCACGGCCUCUCGGGGAUGUCAAGUUCGGGCCAUGCUCUCUCUCUUCUGUCAUCUCACUCGCAAAGCUCUUCUAAUCAUUCAUCCAUGGUUCCCACACCCCACCACCUGAUUAGCCCGGGCACUAAUACUCUCUACAACAUGGCACAUGUGUCCAAGAAACAUUUAGGGGCGAGCCCACCCGCCUCGACAAGUGGGCUGUCAAGCACGCUUAACUCGCCUGGAAUAAAUUCUUCGGACGAAGCACGCUUGGAACAGAUGCUAUUUUCCAACACUGGUCAGAACUUUGCUUUCAACAGGGUUGUCCAAGUACCGGAAUAUAUGAACGAGAAGAACCAAAUUUGCGGCGAAGAUGGCCCCACUAUCAAUUUGCUUCAGUUGUCAUCACGGCUUCAGCAGGUGCAGCAUCAAAGGCAUUCCAUGCAAGCAAGGCAGGAAAGCGAUGUUUUUUCUGGAAACAGAAUCACAUGAUUGAUCCAGGUUAUGUGCUAAAAGCAUGCAUUUGCUCCGGCCUUUGCAGCGCUAACUGUGAAGGAAGAAGAAAGCAGGAGGAGCCUUGAAUUGAUGUUCAUUUUUCUUUCCAUUUUCGUGUGAAGCUGAAAACUGUUUUUCCCAGCUCUCUUCCUUAAUAAGCACUUCCUUUUUUCCCUUAUUGUUGACGCUGCAAAAGCUGCAAUCUUGACUCUAUUCCAAUUGUAUAUCAAUCCCUUCUAUUUUUCUU